AUUCAUAGUGUUUUCUUUAAAAAAAGUUGACAGUUCAUUUCCAAGUUUUAUUUCUGAAACUCAAAGCUGGUUCUCUGUGUUGGAAUCACAUGGUUUUACUCCCACCAGAAAAUUAAAUUCUCCCACGUCAGCUUUUGAUCGUCAAGAAAGCCUCGUUUUGGAUCAGAGUAUUCAAUCAUCAUCGAGUAUAGGAAAAAGAAAAUGGAACGUGGUGGUGGGUUUUAUCCAGAUUGGAAGGAAACUUCUUCUUCCUUGUUUGAAUCAGAGAACAUGGAGGAAAAUGAGAUGAAAGAAGCUGAAGAGCUUUUCUCAUCCAUUCCACAGCCUCAGACACCAAAAGAGCCAAUGGAGUUUCUGUCAAGAUCUUGGAGUCUCUCUACCUCUGAAAUCGCCAAAGCACUUGCACUCAAACAUAGACAACAACAACAACAACAACAACAAGAACAGUUCUCUGUUUCACAAAACAACAACACUCCUGUUCUCUUCCCUAAUGCUGCCGCAGAUCCACUUAUGGCUGGGAAGAUUAUGAACUCGUUUGGAACUCGUAGAGCAGGAACGUUAUCCAAAUGGUUUCACCACCACAAGGAACAUAGUAGCAGCAGCAGCAACACCACAAACUAUCUCAAGAAGAAAGACAAGGUGCGUGUUGAGAACGCCCACGUGCAUUCUGCAGUUUCUAUAGCUGCUCUAGCUGCAGGUUUAGCCUCUGUGACAUCUGCAAGCAAUUGCAAAGGGUCAGGCUCCAAGAUGGCUCUGGCUUUGUCCUCAGCCACUGAACUGUUGGCUUCACACUGUGUUGAGAUGGCUGAGAGAGCCGGUGCUGACCGUGCACGUGUUGCUUCCACUGUUAGGUCAUCUGUGGAUAUCAACACCCCCGGUGAUCUCAUGACUCUUACAGCUGCUGCUGCAACUGCUUUGAGAGGAGAAGCGGCUCUGAAGGCGAGACAGCCAAAGGAAGCAAGGAAAAACGCAGCUAUUACACCUUUUGAGAGAAGCUUCUCUGACUCUCAUUGGCCUGCAAACAUUCAGUUUAGAUUGGAAGAAACAAAUCUUCCACUAGAAGGUGAAUUGAUGCAAUGCACACGAAAUGGAAUGCAGAGAACAAAACGUGUCUGUGUCUAUAUCAACAAGAAGUCUCAGGUUAUAAUCAAACUCAAAAGCAAACAUGUUGGAGGCGCAUUCUCAAAGAAGAUCAAAUGCGUUGUCUAUGGAGUCUGUGAUGAGAAAUCAGCUUGGCCUUACAGGAAAGAGAGGGAAAACUCAGAGGAAGUCUACUUUGGUUUGAAAACCGGACAAGGUCUUUUGGAAUUCAAGUGUAAGAACAAAGUUCACAAGCAGAGAUGGGUUGAUGGGGUUCAGUCUCUUCUCCGCCAAGUAAACUGCUUAGAGGCUACCAAGGGCUCUUUGGGAUCCUUAAGUCUCACCAAUCACAGAUGA